AUGGCCACCACAACGCACUCCAGACAAGCCUCUUACCUGUGCGGAAACGACGCUUUCCACACCCCUUCUUUGACCCCUGCCAGCACGCUGGCCAGCAGCCAUGAUCCAUCUUCUCCAUCACAUCACCACACUUGCGAUGACGUUCUUGAAGACACUGUGUUUCCAGAGCUGAAGAAGAACGAAGAGAGCGACGUCGACGAGCUCCAGAAAGAAGAUCCGAUGGGAAUAGACAUGUGGAAAUUCUACCGGAAUCAGUCCAACGUGCCCGAUGCUGAGCGCAUGGAGAACAUGACGUGGAGGAUGAUGGCCAUCAACCUCCGCAAAGCACAACAGAAGAAAGAAUCAUCUCAUCCAGCGGUGGGACACGUCAAGACUCCGGCUGCGGAGUAUUGGUCGCCGACAACGGCGAGUCACCAGUCCACGACUGCGCAACCACCAAAAACAAGAACAACAACAACAUCAACAACCCCGGGCAUACCAGACCCCCCAGGCGCCUCCUGGACGACGGCACCCGGGGGCCGGAUGGGCACCAUCAAGUCCGAACAAGACCUCAGCGACUACCAGUUCAGCUUCACUUCCCAUCAUCAUAAUCAUCAUCAUCAUCAUCAUCAUCAUCACCUCUCGCAAGAUCCCCAACAGGACCAGCCUGCGCGCUUCUUCCCGCCCCCAUAUGGAUACGGCGCGCUGGACGGUCCCCGCGGCCGCAUCCAGCUGCCCAACGGCCCCCUCAAGCACGAGCCCGACGCGCCCAUGCCCAUGAUGCACGCGCGACACGUCUCGCUGGGGGCGGCGGCGGCGGCGGCGGGGUGCCCGGACGGGGGGGAUUCCUUUGGCGGCGUCAAAGCCGACGACUUCACCCCCCACGCCCAACACGCGUCGGGCGGCGGCGGCGGCGGCGGCGGCAACGUCGCCCCGUGGGAUCCGGGCUGGGCCGAGGACGCAUUCGGGGGCCAGUCUCUGUACGACAGGCCCGAGCUGGUCAAAAGGGAGGGGAGCGAGCACGGCCCUUUGUUCGAUGCCGACGGCUAUCUCUUGCCGGCGGAUGAUGGGUGGAUGGCACAGGACAGCUCGGUGCUCGGCGGCCAUGGCGCGACCGCCGCGCAAAGCCUGCCACAAUGGCAGCAGUUUGGAGAAAACCGAUAUGCCGAGUUUUCGGGACAGAGGCAUCGGUUCGGGACGCAGCUGAGCCAGUUCGGGCACAUAUUCACGCCAUCAGCGUCUGGACUUGGUACGCAACUAUCGUCAAAUCAUCAAGCAACAUGCUCGAGUCAAGCGUCAAGUCCUGGAACGGUGGGCAGAAAACGGCGAAAGGAGAGAUGA